UUUGCCACAACCCUCUUUCCUUUUCACUCGGUGGAAGAAAAGCAUGGACACGUCUGGGAAAGUGAUCAAAUGCAAGGCAGCAGUGGCCUGGGAGGCUAGUAAGCCUCUCUCCAUUGAGGAGGUGGAGGUAGCUCCACCCCAAGCCCAUGAAGUCAGAGUUAAGAUUCAUGCUACGGGCGUAUGUCACACUGACGCAUACACCCUGAGUGGAAGUGACCCUGAGGGCUUAUUUCCUGUCAUUAUGGGUCACGAGGGAGCAGGCACUGUUGAGAGUGUUGGGGAAGGGGUCACCAAGUUCAAACCAGGUGAUACUGUCAUUCCACUAUAUGUUCCCCAGUGUGGAGAGUGCAAGUUUUGUAAAAACCCCAAAACCAACUUGUGCCAGAAGAUCAGGGUGACCCAGGGUCAGGGUCUGAUGCCUGACAAGACCUCCAGAUUCACCUGUAAAGGCAAGCAGCUCUUCCACUUCAUGGGUACCAGCACCUUCUCUGAGUACACUGUUGUGGCUGAAAUCUCUCUGGCAAUAGUGGAUGAACAUGCUCCCCUGGACAAAGUCUGUUUGCUGGGCUGUGGCAUCUCCACUGGAUAUGGAGCUGCUCUCAAUACUGCCAAGGUUGAAGCUGGCUCUACAUGUGCUGUGUUUGGUUUGGGAGCUGUCGGGCUUGCUGUCAUAAUGGGCUGCAGAUCACAAGGUGCCACCAGGAUCAUUGGCAUUGACAUCAAUCCAGACAAGUUUGAAACUGCCAAAAAGUUUGGAGCCACUGAGUUUGUGAACCCCAAGGACCACAGCAAGCCCAUUCAGGAGGUGCUGGUGGAGCUGACAGAUGGAGGAGUGGACUAUUCCUUUGAAUGCAUCGGCAAUGUUGCCAUUAUGAGAGCUGCUCUUGAGGCAUGUCACAAAGGCUGGGGAACCAGUGUCAUUAUUGGCGUGGCAGGAGCAGGUCAAGAAAUCUCCACCCGCCCUUUCCAGCUGGUAACAGGGCGUACGUGGAAAGGCACAGCCUUUGGUGGCUGGAAGAGUGUGGAGAGUGUUCCUAAACUGGUAAAUGACUACAUGAGCAAGAAGCUGAUGGUGGAUGAGUUUGUCACUCACACAUUGCCCUUCGACCAGAUCAAUGAAGCCUUUGAUUUGAUGCAUGCUGGGAAAAGUAUCCGAACCGUCCUGAAGUUCUAAACCUCCAGUUUAAAGGAGUCACAAACAUGAGCUCAAAUGCUUAAUCCUGCUAUGAAACAGACUUAUCAUUCACACCUUGUCCCAGUAGUUGUUGACAACAAUAUUGACUGUUGGAGGUUGUUCUGAUGGCAUGUGUUGAGUUCCAGUUACACACUGAAUAAAUGCGAUACAAAAUAAAA